AUGUUCCGUGGUGAGCUAGCCAAGGUUCGUGCUGAACUAGAACCUUGGGAAAAACAAUUGAUUGAGCACAAUGGAAAACUUGAAGUUACGUCUACCGAAAGAAAACUUUUGAAUGAGAAGGUGAGCCCUCCUUUCUGGAAAUUGGUUCUGAAGCAAUUUGAUGAUUUGCUGGUUAAGAUUUUGAUUGCAGCUGCUGUUGUUUCUUUCCUUUUGGCAUUGGUUGAUGAAGAGACUGGAUUAAAGGCCUUUUGGGAGCCUUCUGUCAUCCUAAUGAUAUUGACUACAAAUGCAGCAGUAGGGAGAAUCACAGAAACAAAUGCUGAAAAGGCUCUUGAGGUAAGUUGCUCAGUUCUGAAAUUGUAA